AUGGCUUUACCUUUGCUUCUUAACACCAUUUGCACUAUAAACUCUCAAAUCCCAAAACCCAUUUCCACUGUUGCUACAAUAGAGUCCUUCAUCGACUUUCCCACCAUUGCUUGCUUUCUUUCUGAACUUCAUAGAAUGAACUCUGAGUUGGGCAGAAUUGCUCUGUCAUCUUCCAUGGCUUCUGCGUUCUACAGCUAUUGCAUUAUGUUUCUAGGACAUCUCUUGAAUGCACCAAAUGUUAAAAGAUAUGAGAUGUUCUCAAUAAUUUUGUCUUCCAUCAUUCUCAUAUCCAUCAUCAUUUAUGUGUUUCGGCCUGCCAUUGUUGGGAUGAUGAAGCAGAAUCCGACCGGACAGCCGUUGACGGAGGGUUAUGUGAUUACCUUGCUUUUAGGGGUACUGGUGACUAGCCUCUUUUGCCAGGCCACUGGUUUGCAUCUACAUUUUGGUUCCCUUGUACUUGGGAUUGCAAUCCCUUCGGGGCCUCCCAUUGGAUCAACAUUGGUAGAGAGGCUUAAUUUCAUCAACUCGUGGGUUUUCAUGCCAAUCUUCUUUGUCAAAAUAGGCUGGUUUAUCAAUAUCUUUACCAUUAAACUCAAAAAGUUCUUACUCCUGUCCUGCACUAUUGUUGUUGUURCRUUGGGAAAGUUUUUAGGCACCUUUAUGAUUUCACUCUMCUUCAAACUACGMGUGAGAGAYGCCGUAUUGCUCGGCCUCAUCGUGAAUAGUCAAGGAGCUAUGGAGCUUGGUUUGUUUUAUUCGAGGAAGAAAGAAAAGAUAUUUGAUAACGAAACAUUUUCAGUUAUGUGCAUAUGCAUGGUGAUUUUGGUUGCAGUUAUCACUCCCAUACUGAGAUAUCUCAAUGAUCAUUCAAAUACAUAUGUAGUUUACAACAAACGAACGAUGAUGCACUCGAGAUCAAAUUCUGAUCUCCGUUUAUUAGUUUGCAUUCAUGACCAAGACGAUGUUCCUAAUGCCAUUAAACUUCUCGAGGUCUUGAAUCCAACGAGACAAAGCCAUCUUGUUGUUCACAUGCUUCAUCUUGUUGAGCUUCUUGGCCGUGCUAACCCACAAUUCAUUGCCCACAAACUUAAGAACGUAGGUACUUCAAGGUCUUGCCCUUCUGAGCAUAUCGUUAAUGCCUUCAAAUACUUUGGACAGAGCAUCUGUGACAUAGUUGAAAUUUAUCCUUUCAUCAUUAUACCACGUCUUGCGACUAUGCACCAUGAUGUUUGUACGCUCGCAUUCGACAAAGAGACUUCUUUGGUUCUUGUUCCUUUCCACAAGAGAUUUCAUUCCAAUGGUAUGUUGUCAUUGUGCAAAAGUAAAAUGAGAACAGUUAACAAUCACAUCCUUGACAAGGCACCCUGCUCUAUCGCCCUUGUUGUUGACCGCGGACUCUUGAAAGUCUCAAGCUCUAUCACAACGAACUUGCAUUCUUUUCACAUAACCGUGGUCUUCACAGGUGGACCAGACGACCGAGAGGCAAUAUUCAUUGGGGCAAGAAUGGCUAGGCACCCCAAUAUCAACUUGACAAUGAUUCGUCUAGUGGAGAAUGAAAAUUUCCCGUGCUAUAACUUAGAAGAGAUGAGACUUGACGAUGAGGCAGUGAGCAAGUUUCGACAAACCAUGGUAAAGAGUAAUUUACAAAGAAAAGGUGGUUACAGAUGGCACUGGAACGGUCUCUAUACUCCGUUCGAUGGGGAACAAUUUCGACCUUGUAAUGGUAGGAAGACGCCAUUGCCUGAGUUCGCCUCUUGUUUAAGGGUUGAUACUUUGGAAUGA